CCGGCGCUGCUGUCAUGGCGGACGACCUGGAUGAGCUCCUGGAUGAAGUGGAGUUGCGGUUCUGCAGGGACGGGUCGGCGACUAGUCGUGAGGGAAUGGCCGGGGUUGGGGGAUCGGACAAGGAGGUGAAAAUCAGUGCACCUUCUGUCCCACCUAAAGAAACUUCCAAAGAGGAAGACGAUUUAAGUGAUCUUAUUGAAGAUAUUUUUCAUGAUGAUCCAAGCAUAUCUGAUCUUUCUAAGUCAAGCCCAGGCGCAAUAACAAAUUGUUCAGGUCACAGACCUCCUCAGACCAAAGGGAGAAAGUGUUGUCCUGUUUAUCUCGGUGGUAGUUCUGCACCUCUAGGAUUGGGAACAAAUACUUCUCAGAGGACAUGUGAUCAACUCCGUUGUACUACCUGUGACUUUAGAGUAAUUACACUUGAUGAUUAUGAAUGGAACAAGUCAUGCGACUACUUCUUUUUCAGAAACAACAUGCCUGACUUAAAUAAACUGAAAGUGAAGACGUUAAGUAGGAGAGGUGCACGAGCAUAUGCCUGCCAGUGCAGCUGGAGGUCUAUCCAGAACCUGACUGACCUCAGGGAAGAACAGGCACUUCGAUGGGUAUGCGGGAAACAUUGAGGGUGAAAGCAUAUUUGUGUCUCUCAGUGACCAUUAGAGAGGUAAUGUGGGGCUGGUCCACUGUGUUAUCUGAUAUGUCAGACUUGUAGAAUUUUUUUUAAAUACAAGGCAAGCUGUAGUAACUUAAUUCAUUAUUUUUCUACAGAGAAAAACAUUCCUUUUUAAUGUCCCAAUUAAAUAAUGUGGUUUAAUAGUUGUAUGUCAUUAAUACUAAAUAGAAUUCAGUUUUUUCAAGGUCAGAUAUUGUGGAACAUAAAUCUAACAAUAGAUUUUACCUUGCAGGCUCUGUGAUUGAAAAGCAUAUUGACUAGGCAAGAAAAAACUGAACCAAACAAAUUUGAUAUAAAAUUCCACUCAGAAAGUAUAUUUAAGAUCUGUGUCAGCCUGAUUUUCCCAUUGGGUUAGUGCUUUAGGCACUAUGGCUCAUCUCUUUCGAUAGUUACCAAUGGACUCUGUAACCUGCCUUCCUCUGUUAAAGUUGCAUCCAUUAUUUUCUACUUUCAUCGCUUUAGUUUGUCACUGCAUUCUUCAUGGAUUUUCAGUGUUAGUCCUUCCUGAUGAUUUUGACCAUGCUCAAGAAACUAUUAGGUAAUUUUCUAUAAAGUGGAAAAUGGUGUUGCAUAGAUGACAAGGUAAUAAUACUCGAGUUAAAAAAAAUUACGUGGGAAGCAGGUUUUUGAGUUAAUCUCUUGUGUUUACUGCAAAGCUUAUUUUCUGACAAGUUUUGAUUGAUGCAAAGAUCACCUUUUUCAUGGAUUGAAGACUUCAAUCUUUGGAUAUCUCACGGCUGGAAAAUACAUUGAAUGUCCUGAAUGAUGGAAGAUUCUAGCAAAAACCUAAAUAUGCAUGUGAAUUUUGGGAAUGAGAUUCAAACUUGCAUACUCAGGCCUCUGACAUGGCAAGUGCCCCAUUGAAGAAGGAAAAACAAUUUUAAAGCAAUCUUAGUGCGCGCAAUGCUUUCCGACAGGAAGAAGUCUACUGAGUUGAUCAGAUGAUCUACAUUAGAAUUUCUAAAAUUAAGAGGCUUAUACACUGGAUAGAUAAAGGCCAAUUACACCUGGGCAUUCCAAUGCAUGUUUGUUAUGCUUUGUAGAAGACUUUAUAAAAUGUUAAAACUUUUAGAUUCAUUGACUGCUGUGACAAGUCAGAAAUGUAAAUAAAAUGUUGGAAUAUU